AUGAACACCCGGACUCCUCUCGAAAGCCCUGGUGGGACAGUUGUCCUUUCCGUCUCAUUCAACCCCGACUGCAGUCUAUUUGCGGUGGGACUCAACACAGGCUUCCGCGUGUUCGACUCGGACCCAUGUAACCUCCGGACAACACGGGAGUUCAACGCCGGCGUGGGCCUAAUCCAAUUGUUAGGGUCCACAAACUAUUUUGGCCUUGUUGGUGGAGGGAGGCAACCGAAGUUCGCUGCGAACAAGCUUGUGGUCUGGGACGAUAUGAGGAGUAAAACCGGCCUUGAGAUCAGUUGCCUAACCCCGGUGCGAGGCGUUCAACUAUCCAAGGAGCAGAUCGUAGUCGUACUACAAAACAGCGUACGAGUCUACAAGUUCUCACGGAACCCUAGCCUGCUGUCGGUCUACGAGACGGCGAACAAUCCGUGGGGGUUAUGCUGUUUAUCGCCGGUGAGGAUGGCGUUCCCCGGUAGGACCACGGGGCAUGUACACCUGGUCGAGAUCGCAACCGGCAACGUUAGCAUUAUCCCGGCGCAUACCUCAGCAGUUAAAGCGAUGCAAUUAAGUUCGGACGGUGAGCUACUAGCCACAGCGAGUGAAACUGUAAGUUUCCCAGGCACUCUUAUUCGCGUCUUUGCAACUAGCAACUGCGCCCGCCUAGUAGAACUACGUCGCGGAAUCGACCCGGCCACCAUCUUUUCACUAGCUUUUAACCCGCCUGGCACCAUGCUCGCCUGCACCUCGGACAAAUCUACGUUGCACAUCUUCGAUGUACCAUCUUCCAAAAAGGCCGGACACCCACAGUCGCAACAACAACAACAACAACCACUCGACCAAAGUGUGACUAACAGCGGUAGCAGUGCUACUCCCACUAACGCCAACGAUGGCCGCGGUCGGUGGGGUAUCCUCUCCCGUAUCCCUAUGAUGCCGCGGGUGUUCUCCGACGUUUACUCCUUUGCUUCGGCGCCGUUCGAUGUGGACAACGAAGACGAAAACACCGAUUCGCCCACGGGCAGGAGAAGCAGCAGGCUUAGUGGGCCACCCAUGUCGGACAGCACGACUCUGGGGACGUCCAGGCCUCCCAAAGGGGUGAUUGGGUGGGUGGGCGAGAACACCUUGGUGGUUGUUGGUGCAGGCCGGGAUGCGCGAUGGGAGAAGUUUGCGGUGGUCCAAGAGGGCCCAGAGGGGAAAAGGUAUUGUGUGAGGGAGGGGUGGAAGCGGUAUCUUGGUGGACCUUGA